GGCGGGACGGAUGCAGCCUUGGGGGAGCCUUUUGAGGACCGCUGUUCUAUAUAUUGUUACAGAACACACCCUGUAAGAGGAACUGCCAUAUAGCAGAUGAUACAGUCCUCACCUAACUUACCUGGAGUCAGCCAUGGAUUAUCAGAAGCAGGUUGGAGAAAUUGUGUCCACUGCCAAAUUUGGAGACUUGAUAGAAUUUUCCUAUCCUAUUGGCUAUUCACACUGGGGAGUGUAUGAUGAAGAUGGGCACGUAAUCCAUUUUGCUGUUGCAGAGGAGGGAGAAACGCUCAAACUCAUACGUACUCACCUGCAAUCAAUAUUGCCUGUAUGUGGGGACCUUCUAAUUGGGGAAACCAGGAUCCGGAGAGUACCUCUUGGUGAGGUGAACGUCCCCUCGGGUGCCCAGGUCUUGAUCAGUAACAACCGCCAUGCCUUCACACCAUCCACACCUGAGGAUAUGAGGCUUCGACGCGAUGCCCUUCUGGAUCAGGUCUUCACAUAUGACCUUCUCAAACUCAACUGCGAGCACUUUGCCACUUUUGUACGCUAUGGAAAGGCUGUUUGCAACCAGAUUCCUACAAGAUCCAAGAAUGUGGAGAAAGUGGAGGCAACUGCAACCUUCGAAGGCAUUGUCUCCCCCAAAGAAACUGCUGAGAAUCAUUCUGAAUGAGCCCACUGACUCUAUUGUACUGUUUAUUAACUUACAUGAUGCUAACCAACCUUUUAAGUGGUGGUAGAAACAACUAGAAAUAAACACUAUUACAUCUCUCUGUAUUCCUCAGUUCUAGACAUUCAAGGUUUUCUUUGUUGGCCCUCUGUAUAGUUUGGAUGGAGUUUUUUUCUAAUGCUAGAGUGGAAAAUAAGUACAUUAAGACUACAACAAACAUUGUUGAAAUUAUUGUUAUAUCUGUAAAAUGCCCAUUAUAAAUUUGAGUCGAAGAUGAGGCAGUCACACUAGAUUUAACCACACGUUUUCUAUAAAGCAUAGAAGAUAUUUGGAUUACCAUUUUACUGUAUGUGGCAAAAAAGCAAAUUGUCACUCAGUGGAACUGAAACCAGAUGAUAAUAGCCAACAAAGACUCCAGAUGUAGGUAGAUGAGAAUAAAAUGUCAAUCUGUCAAUCAGUGCAAAUGGAUUAAAUAUGUGUUGAUUUUUUUGAUACUCAGUUGAGAGUCUGAAAUUGGAAAAUGAAAAAUGUUUUUUUUUUUUUUAAUUUUGGUAAUUGUUUAUGACUUGUUUAAACUUUUUUUUCCCCCCGAUUUGUGUAAGGUUGAAUUUACUCACGCAGACGUUGAGGUUUUUAGUAGGUUCUUAAUGCUGCUUUUUAUUCAUCCUCCAGAACUGCCCUUUGCUACAAGAGUGUCUUUGGGCUUGUUAGGACAGGCUGUCCUAACAAUAUUUUAAUUUCAGCUUUGUGCUGGCAAGCACUGUUGGGCAAGUAAUUCAGAAAGUCAUACUUUUAUCCUUGUCCGUGUCUUCUUCAUUUAAUCACUUACGUAAGUGCA